GUCAGACGCAUCCUAUCCUUGUCUGAUCCAAAGUGGACGGCCAUUAGUUCGUGAAUUGGCCGAAAAACUCCCUAUAAUAACUGAUACGCUAUCGCGUAUUUCGCUUAUUUGGAAACGAAUUUGACAACAAACGAAUAUCGAAAUUGCUGAAACGUCCCUGUAGAGGGAUAACGGCCGCAAGACACUAAAAUGUCAGAGCUAUAAAAAUCGAAGAAGAAGAAGAAGAAUAUCGAAAUUGUCCUUAGUACUCCUUAGUGAAUAAUUAUCCAUCAAAAAUUGUAAAAAUCGUACUAGACAAAGAACAACAUCACAAAGUAAUUGAAGGUCGUCAGAAACUUAAAAAAUUUGUGUAAUUUAAUCUCCUGCACUUGAAAACCUGAAAAAUCUCUAUCUAACCUCAAUGAUUGUACUAUGAACACUAAUAGAAUGAAUUCGUCACAAAGAUAUAAGAAAAACAUUGAAAAAGACAUUGAAAAGAUACUAAAGUAUGAAUCACGACGCCGAGGACGGGAUUUACCUGAGAGCGAGGAGAGUGAAGUUGUAGGGACGUUAUUGGACUAUUUGCUGGAAGCAGCUAAGAACAAAAGAACCAUUAAGCACACAGAUAUCAAGUGCUACGUGAUCCCAGACCACAACAAGUAUUAUACGAAUCUGAUGGCAAAAACCAAAGCUGUUCUUCAUCAGGUCUUUGGGUACAAGCUGAUAGGGGUGGGUGGACAGAAGUGGGUAAUUGUUAAUAUACUUCGUCGUGAAGAAAUUACUCUCGAGGGUGAGGAUAUUCCUGCACAAACUCUGCUACUCCUCGUGCUUUCACAUAUCUUCACGUCUGGAGAACCCUGUAGAGAAGUAAGUUUGAUCAACUUUCUGGCAAAAUUUAAUAUUUGGCGAGACCAUGGCAUUCUUCACCCUUACUUUGGAAAUGUUGAGGAGUUGGUACGAAAGACGUUUGUUCAGCAAGUUUAUUUGGUACGAUGUAAAGCAGCAGAAAUCGACAAAGAAACUUAUGAGUACACGUGGGGCCCACGAGCAAAGGCGGAGUUUGAUCCUAAAACUCUAGUGGAAUUUGUUAAAGAGGUGAUCAGCAAUCUUCCAGCCACCAACUGGACUCCGCAAUGCCAAAAAGCCUUCAGUCUGGACACUCCAGCGGCAUAAAUUCCACUAAACUGGAUAAAAACGUCUAAUCCAAAGUCUGAAGGCCUCACUCUAAUUCUUCAGUAAACGAAGCCGUAGAACAGCUAUGACCGAGAUUACAGUGUUCAAAACGUGUGGUUAUUGAUGACUGCUGUCACUCCCUACGCGUGACAUGCGGCGACAGGAAUAUUUAUUUAUUUUUCUUUUUAAUUCUCUUAUCGCAUUCUACCUUAAACAGACAAGAAACUAAUUGAAAUGCCCAAGCAUCACGUGCAACUUUCUGUAAUCCAAUUGAAAAAGAUACCUAUUUCUAGGAAUUAUAAACGAAAUAAUUCUCAUGUUUUCGAAUUAAAUUUUCCGUUAUUUAAUUUUCUGAACAUUAUAUUACGGAAAAAUUAAAUUGAAAAACAUGAGAAUUCCUCCAAGGAUUUCUGAAAAAUUGAAAGAAUAAAGAAUUAAUAAUUGUCAAACUUGUUGAUAAACGAUAUGAUUGUAUAAUUUUUCAACCAUAGAAGAAAAAAAAACAUCUCGCAGCAUAAAAUUUAUUCUUAAAUCUUGAGAGUAAGAGGAUAGGAAAUUCAAUUGAAAAUAUUAUUCAUUCGUUCUGUUAAUCAUUUUAAUAAUUGUCAAGUGCAUACAAAACCACUGUAUAGAAUAUCCUUCCUUCAUCUUAUUUAUCAUUCAAGCUUUUCAUGUUUUUUUUUAAAUUUUUGUUACACCCAAUUUUUUGGAAAUUUCGCGAAAAAAUCCCUCGUGCUUCGCACUUGGGAUUUUAACCCUGCAAAAUUCGACACAAUCGUUUCUAGGCAACGAAGCUAUUGGAAAAUAUCCGAUAAUUUUGAAGCACUAGUGGUAUUACUACUGGAAAAUUAGAACAAAUUGUUGAAAUCUAUUCUUAUCUUUAUUCAAACUAUUUCUAAGUCUGUCAAUGUUUAUUAUUGAUGCUCGCCAAUAAAGUAUAAGUGAUUUUGAAAAAA